AUGAAGAACAAAAGGCUGUGACCUAGAGGCAUGUUUUCUCCAGAAUAAUACAGAAGGAUGCAUCCUGUGUUUGAGUUGCUCUUUUACUACUGAGAGAAGAACGCUUUUGUGGCCAGGGGCUCAGGAUAUUAGAAUCAGGUCUGAUGUCAUCAUUUGCAGAAAUGAAUAAAAUGAAGGACACUAUUCUGCUGGCCCGUGCCAAUUUGGUGGUGCUCAGCGGCACAUGCAGAAUGUUCUCAGAGACUCUGUAGAGAGCUCCGAUGAUGAAUUCUUCGAUGCACGAGAAGAGAUGGUGGAAGGAAAAAGUGCUAUUCUCAUAGGCAUGAGCCAGUGGAACUCAAAUGACCUUGUUGAGCAGAUAGAAACAAUUGGGAAGCUUGAGGAAAAUCAAGGUGAAGAGUCUGCAUUUUGCUCAUCUGGCUUUCUACAGGAAAAACAACGUGAAUUAUAUAGAGCCUCUUUAAGAAAACAAAGGUUCCCUGCACAAGGCAGUAUUGAAAUACAUGAGGACAAUGAGGAAGGAGUUCAACACCAGAACUGCAAAACUCACGUGUUAAUUUUGAUCCUACAUGGGGGAAACAUAUUAGACACUGGGAGUGGAGACCACAACAGCAAACUGGCAGACAUCAACACCUUCAGUUCUGUGUUUGAGAAAGUGACCCGAGCCCAUUUCCCUGCUUCUUCAGGCCACAUCUUAAUGAGACUUGUUCCCUGCCCAGCAAUCUGUUCAGCAGCUUUCUCUCUUGUUUCCAGCCUAAAUCCCUACAGCUAUGAUGAGAGCUGUCUCAGCAGCAGUGAAGACCACAUCCCACUGGCUGCCUUGCCUUUGCUGGCUGUCUCAUCUCCUCAGUAUCAGGAUGCAGUUGCCAUGGUGAUCAGUAGAGCAAAUCAAGUUUACAAUGAGUUUCUCAAAUCUACUGAUGGGGCUGGUUUUAAUGGGCAGGUGUGUCUCAUAGGUGACUGCAUUGGAGGAAUUUUGGGCUUUGAUGCCAUCUGCUAUAAUUCUAAUACAGCUUACGAAAGUCGGAACAGUAGCAGGAGAGGAAGCAUCAGCAGCAUCCAGGAUAAUCCACUCUUAGCAGAGGACUCCAGUCUGGGUGACAGCAAACACCUGAGCAAAAGCAAUAUUGACAUCUCGGGAAUCAUGGAGGAUGAGAAGCAAAGGCAGCUGGUGCCUCGGAAACAGAGUGACUCAUCCACUUACGACUGUGACACUAUAACCCAGCAUCAUGCAUUCCUGUCCAGUAUCCACUCAAGCGUGUUGAAAGAUGGUGCAGACCUUCCUCCUGUGGAUUCCAGUCUCUCAGAAGUAAAUCUGGGCCGAUUUGAAUUUGAGGUGUCUGAUUUCUUCCUUUUUGGAUCACCGCUUGGUUUGGUGCUGGCCAUGAGGAGCACUGUUCUGCCUGGUCUGGAUGUAUGCCAGGUCCGACCAGCCUGCAGCCAAGUGUACAGUUUCUUUCACUCUGCUGACCCCUCUGCCUGCAGACUUGAACCAUUAUUGGAGAAAAGAUUCCAUCUUCUUCCUCCAUUCAGUGUCCCACGGUACCAGAGAUACCCACUAGGGGAUGGAAGAUCUCACCAGUUAGGUGAUGCUCUCCACAAUCACAGUGGUCUGUUCCUUGAGAAUAGCUCUUUGAACAUACCUUUCUCUCAGGAGAGUCCUGGAUCUCCAAAUACAUCUGAUCAACUGCAAGGGAAAACAAGAAAGUUGAGCUUGGGCAGCACAAACAGUGAAAACUCUGGGUCAACUGAAAGCUUGCCAUCAGCAUGCCUCACCAACAUUACUGCAAAGUGGUGGGGAACAAAACGAAUAGAUUAUGCCUUGUAUUGUCCAGAUGUGCUGACAGCUUUUCCAACGGUAGCCCUGCCGCAUCUCUUUCAUGCCAGCUACUGGGAAUCAACAGACGUCGUGGCCUUCAUUUUAAGACAGGUGAUGCGGUAUGAAAAUGUAAAUUUCAAGGAAAAUUACAACCUGGAUCCAGAAACACUAAGUCCAUCCAAUCCACGAGAAAAAUGGCUACGCAAGAGGACACAUGUCAAAUUGAGGAAUGUGACUGCUAAUCACCGAGCUAAUGAUGUCAUUGCAGCAGAAGAUGGUCCUCAGGUACUAGUUGGGCGCUUUAUGUAUGGACCUCUGGACAUGGUGGCUUUAACAGGUGAAAAGGUGGAUAUCUUCAUAAUGACUGAGCCAUCUUCGGGUAGGUGGGUGUAUUUUGACACAGAGAUAUCCAACAGCAGUGGACGAAUAUCCUACAAUAUACCUGAACAGAAGAGACUGAGAGUUGGUGUGUAUCCCAUCAAAAUGGUGGUCAGAGGAGACCAGAGCAGUGCUGCAAGUUACCUGACUGUACUGCCCCGAGGAAUGGAAUGUGUUGUGUUCAGCAUUGAUGGUUCCUUUGCAGCAAGUGUUUCAAUUAUGGGAAGUGACCCCAAAGUCCGAGCAGGGGCCGUUGAUGUUGUCAGGCAUUGGCAGGACCUGGGAUAUCUGAUUAUCUAUAUCACCGGCCGUCCAGAUAUGCAAAAACAGCGUGUGGUUUCAUGGUUGUCCCAACACAAUUUCCCACAAGGGAUGAUCUUCUUCUCAGAUGGACUUGUCCAUGACCCACUGCGACAAAAGACCAUUUUUCUCCGGAAUCUCGUGCAAGAGUGCCACAUCAAAAUCUGUGCCGCAUACGGUUCCAUGAAGGAUAUUUCUGUGUACAGUGUCUUGGCUCUGUCACCAUCCCAGAUCUACAUAGUUGGACGAUCCACAAAGAAAUACCAGGCACAGUGCCAAUUCCUCAGUGAAGGUUAUGCAGCCCACUUGGCCUCGCUGGAGUUCAGUCUCCAUUCACGACCCAAAAAGAAUAACUCUCGGAUGAUCUUGAGAAAAGGCAGCUUUGGCCUCCACUCGCAACCUGAGUUUUUGCGCAAGAGAAACCACCUCCGCAGGACUAUGUCUGUACAGCAACCUGACCCGCCUUCUUCCAACCCCAAGCCAGAGCGUGCUCAGAGCCAGCCUGAAUCAGACAAAGAUCAUGACAGGCAUUUGCCUUCCAUUGCUUGGGUUCGAGGUGGAGUUCACAAAUUUGAAUCUAUUCCCUAGGAGGAUUGGGAAUGUAGAUCUUGGGUGCACCCCAUUAAACUUGUAGGCAUGCCUCAAAGAUAGUAUUUAGGCAGCUCCAAACUAAGAGAAGUAGAUGGGAAUUUGUACCUUGGAGUCUUCCCUGUUCUGAAAUCUGCCUUCUUACACCAAGUGGGGCACUCCCAAUCUCUUCCUCUUGUCAUGUUUAUUGGGAAACUAUAAAACAAUCUAAAAUUAUCACAAGUUUAUCAUCAUAGCAACAGGAAAUAUCUUUGGUUGUUUUUUAACACACGUAAUAUGUGCAAUAAGAGGAGAAGAUACUGAUUUUACUCAGAAGGAUUGUGGUAUCAGCUAACUAGCUGCACCCAAAACAGCAUAAAGGGUAGGUCCUGUAGGUUACAGAGAAGAUUUACACUUUAAACAUUAAGUAGUCAUGUCUGUUUCCACUUCACUUUUCAAUAAAAGUGAUAAAGGGAAGCAGCUAUAGGAGCUACAAUAACAAGUGGUUAGGAUUUGUAUAACAAGAUGCUUUCUGGGUGCCUUAAACCCAAGGUUUCCUUUCAGCCUACAGUGUUGAUCAGCAGACUCCAACAUGGGCACUCAUGUUUGUGUGAGGUGCUGGACAAAUAAAUGAGAGAACUUCACUUGUGAAUCGAACAUAAAAACUUCAUGUUAAAAAUAAAUGUGUCUGCCACAGUUUGAA